AUGACUCAUGAGAAGAGAUUUUCUAAAAUUCCCAUGUCCAAGCGCAUGCGAGACCUCUGUAAAGAGGAAGACUAUGCUUUCUUAAACAGCCAGAGAGAUCCGGACCAGAGUUCAGAGGAAAGACAUUUUUCUGAAAGUCAGAAGACGGUAGAAGAGAGGGACCGUCGUCAACAGGAGCGAGAGCUGCAGAGACAAGAGAAACAAUGUGAGAUAGAGGAACAGCAGAAGGAAAAAGAAGAGAAGUGGAAAAGUCAUGUAGCCGAGAUAGCGGUCAAACAGGAGGCCAUCCACGCCAGACGGCACAGACUGAGAGAAUUCAGGGACUUCCAGAAAAAGGUCCUGCUCCAGGAUUUGGGCCCGGAUGCCGGUUCGGUGGACAAAACAAUCAACCACCUCCUUAUGAGACUCUAAGGGUGUUUACUACACAUUAAACAAACGACUAAACUGUCUGCACCCAAUCUGUCCAAAUGUUAAAAAUGCUAACAAAGUGUCUAUAUAUGAUAUACUGCAGGUGCGGAGCUGGUCAGACACCUUCUAAUGAUGUGUUAAUAACUUUUUAUGACUUGAGUGAAAUCUUAUCUCCACGUCUUCUUCAUAGACGCUAACCGUAUUGAAACUCUUUGUCAAAUGACAGU